AUGAAUCAAUCCUGGCUUUUCAUCUUUUGCGUCGCGACCCUCGUGUCUUCUACCGUGAGCCAGAUCAUCUGCAAUGGGGCACCAGGCUUACGCGAAUCCUCAGGCAACACGGUUGCUUGCUACAGCGCCCAGAAAGGUGGGGUGAAAGAAUAUCUGUGCGACUGGAGCUCGUGUUCCCAAGCUACAGCCACCAAUUGUGAGAUCAAUAAUCAUGCAUACACGCCAACAGAGGUGUUUACUUGUGACAAAGGUUACAACCUUCCGAUCGGUAUCGACGACAAGAUCAAUUGCAAUGUCAACACCGAUUACAACAAAAAGUGUGGCGGCAAAUAUACGGAACCGUGUUUAGCCUCUCCCGCAGAUUCAUAUUUCGCUCAAUGCAAAACAAUCUCUGUUCAUUCGCAUUGUACCAAAUGCAACCCCAUCUAG